GGAGCCGCCCCCCCCAGCUUUCGUCUCCCGUACAGUUUUCUUCCAGUCUCGGCGAUCAACUCCGGCGAGGCUGGAGCGCGGCGCGGGGCUGGGCAGGGCGGGAGCCGGGCGGGCUCCGCCGCCUGCUCCCGGGGCGCCUCUCCGCAGCGGUGGCGGCGGGGAAGCGGCACAAGUGCGCGGCGCCUCCGCUGCCUCUCUCCUUCUGAUGCCCCUUCGCGUCUGCACGCCAGCCCGGCGGCCGCGGCUCCGGGAGGAUGCGGCUCUUCCUCCUCGCUGCAACUUUCUGGGGAUUGUGUCUGGCCGCAGGUUUGGGUUUGCAAAUACAGUGCUACCAGUGUGAGGAGUUCCAGCUAAAUAAUGACUGCUCUGCUCCAGAGUUCAUCGUGAAUUGUACAGUGAAUGUUCAAGAUAUGUGUCAGAAAGAAGUAAUGGAAAAAAGUUUUGGAAUCAUGUAUCGCAAAUCCUGCGCGUCUUCAGCAGCGUGUCUGAUAGCAUCUGCUGGGUACCAGUCCUUUUGCUCUCCAGGGAAGGUGAACUCUGUUUGUAUCAGCUGCUGCAACACUCCGCUCUGCAAUGGACCCCGGCCAAAGAAGAGGGGGAAUUCUGGCGUGGUGCCGAGGGCACAUGUGAUAACCACCGUUCUGCUCCUUAAAUUGGCUCUGUUGUUUUUGUAUUGCUAAACUUCAAGCAAGUUUUUUGCCCUGACACAGUUUGUUCUGUCUCCUCUUUUCUUCAAAGACACUGCAAUUGUUUUCUGUUUGUUUCCAAAUCCCUGUCAACAGUGAGGGAAGUUCAGUGGUUUGUGGGGAGAGGGGGGGCUGAUAUUUUUGGCAGCUAAUGAAUUCAGUUAGCAGGUUGAAUUUCCAGUGUGCACUUAAAAAUUCCAGCAGCAGGAUACAGAACUCCUGCUCUUUUUGCAUAACUGGAAACAAGUCCAUCUGUGUUACUCCUUUUAAGAUGCAGUCAAUUCCUCAGUCAUUUUAAUUUCCAUGUUUUUUAAGUUCAUUGCUAAUCAUUAACUUUGCCUUAUGAAGUCAUACUCGAUGUUCACAAAGGCCGUUUUGUGCGCCUGGACUGGGCUCUGAGCUAGUUUCUAGCGGCAUUACUUCCAAGCUGGGCUCCGAUGGUUCAAGACCUGGUUUCUGUGGACUGCAGUCAGGCUUGGUCUCAUUCUGAAAAGUACUUAAGAAAACUCUGUUAUUGCCCCUUGUAGAAGAAUUGCGCCUAGACGAAAUGAAGAGCAGUGGGCGUAGAGACCGGCUGCUCCUUGCUCUGGAGCUCAGGUUGGCUCUGAGAAACUUCUCCUUGUUGGCAUGCUCAAUUGUCAGGUGGCAGCGGAGGACCUGCAGAAACACGCUGCGGAACUGCUGAGAAGAGAUGUUGUACAGGAGGGGGUUCACCACCGAGCUGAGGUAGAAGAAGGUGUUGGCGAUGGGAAGAAGAGUGAUGUACGCUCUGAAGUAGGGGACAGUCCAGUCCUGCUUUGGUUUAGCAGCAGCCAUGAUCCUUCUAACCUGGUUUGGCAUCCAGCAUAUUGCCAGAGUUGCAACAAUCAGUCCUGUGAACAGAAAGAGGAAGAAGGAGGUGUGCAUACAUGGGGGAAAAAACCAUAAAAUACUUAGUAGCAGUUCUGCACUUACUUGUUAGGAAAUAGUACCAAUUUUUCAGUGUUUUGCUUGACAGCUUUUUCUGCCAGUAGCAUUUUUUUGUUUGUUGUUUUUAAUAACUGUUACAAGGUCAUUGCAGCACAUGCUCUGACAAAAGACUGCAUAGUGCUUGGAUAGUGUUUCUUUGUACCUAUUGUCAUUUAUUAGUUUUCAAAGUGUUCUUUCAUUGAUAUCUGUAUCUUUGGAAAGAAUGCAUUUUUAUUUUGGUUUGUGUUCUUACAUUUCUUAUGUCUUUCCCUUUACUUUGAAAAGCAAACAAAAUAAAUAGAACCUAUAGCCAUAUUAGAUCAGGCAAUACCCAGAACAGAUCAGAUUCUUGUUUGUACUUUACAAAAAAGAAAAUGUAUGCAUAAUAAUAUAUUUCAUGUUAUUUUUGGUAAAUUUCCUCUUACAGAAGAUAUUUUUAAGUAAAAUAUGUAUGGAUCUUUUUAUGGUAAUUAAGAUAUGUUGGGCUUUCUUAAAAAUCAAAUUCCAGUGGAAUUAAAUUAUGAAUGUAAAUGAGAAAAACCCAAGCCUAGUCAUUGAAGUGUAAGCAGUUUCAGAUUAUAAAUUAUGCUUAAAAAUGUGGUAUCUGACCAUUUUGUAUUUAUAUGUAAAUAUAAAUACAUGUUGCUACAUCAAUAAUGGCAUUAAAAAGGGGGUGACUUAAGUGUUGGAUCUCUGAAAAUUCUGCCUCUGUGGACCGGCGCUCACUAGAGUAGCAGCGCUGAUGCCAUCUUCAAAACGGCAGCCCUGAAGAAACAUAUGGGUGAACUUGAGCAGGCCCUGUUCCCAGGCAGGAGACGGAGCAGGGGGAAGAGCCCUGUUGGCAUCCACUGCUUCUGGUGCACGUAAGCGCUGGAAAGCCUGACAUCUUGCAUGAAAUACCAGGUACACAAAAUAAUUCCUCUCAGUGCUCCCCCCACCAAGCAUUACUUCUGAAAUGCAAUACAGCCACCAGUUUACCGUUUCCCCUUUGUUUUUCUCUUUGCAGGAAACGUGCCUUAUAUGAACGCUUAGAGGGAGCAGAAGUUGCAGGUUGGCUUCCCUGCUGCAGAGGCACAAAAUAGUAGAGAGUAUCCUGAUGGUGCACAGUUUUCACUUCCAGUAGACUUUUGUUAUAUUGUUAAUCUCCUCCACUGUCUAGCCUCCUUUCUCAACAGAAGCAUUUUAAUUCUUACCUGUCUAGACUAAGUCAGAUUGCCCCUAUUGAACAGAUCGCUGUAGGAAUGCAGCUCUGAAAUAGUGCACACUGAUUUUUCAAGCCAGGAAAAUGAUACUUCACUAGUGGGAAGACCUGAAUGUAACAGGGAAGGGGGGCAGAAAAGAGAAGAAAGAUUUUUCCUAACUUUGAAACUGCCUGGGCUUAAACAGGGUGCAUCCAAGUUCUCUUCACCACCACCCCCAAGCAAAAAAAAGGUAUGAAAUGUCUUUUUUUUUUUUAAGAAAUUAGUUUUGUUAAUGAAAGCUAUAAUUACUUUAACAAAUUUACAAUCUCACUGAAUGAGCUACCAAAUAAAAGUUGUCUUUUUGAUCAUUUGCUUUGGUAAUCAGUGUCGCGGUAAUUUUGGUAGGAUGCGGAAGUUGCGCAUCUUAAACUUAUAGCACUAGAUUAAGAGCCCUGGUAGGCUGUUCUUAGUAGGCAAGUGAUAAAUGCAUUUACCUUUGUCAUUUUCUGUUCUUUAACCACCCUAGCUCUCCUCAGCCACAGUCUCUUUAUUCUCAUUCCCAUUCCUACCCAACCCCAUGCCCCUUUGCUUGGCUCUCUUUGCUACUCUUCCCCUGCCUUCUUGCCUCAUUUUUCAGUACCUGUUGUGUCUCUGUCAAAAGCUGAUCUGAAUUUUGUAUUGGUCCUGCAAAUUUUCUAGCCUUCAGUGCUUUUCUUCUCUGCUGUCAGCGUAACAAAUACAGGGAUAGUGGUCCUGGCACAGACCAACAGAAAAUAAGGAGCCCUGAGCAGUGACUUGUGACAGGCCUUAUAAAAAGGCAGCCAAAGGAUGCUGCUGUUCCAUUGUGGCUUUUUCUCCCGUGCAACUUAAAUGCAAAGCCCACAAACCCAGGUCUGCAGAAUUCUUGUCAAAUUUUGCCAGAUUAUCUCUUUCAAGGGAAAAGAAAAUAAGCUCUAUAGUGUAAUUUUUUUUGUUCUUAGUUAGAAACAGGGUACUUCAUCAUGCUGGUUAAUAGUUUCCUAAAUUAUGAAUGCUGCUGUGAAACACUGUGAGCAAACAAUGCCUGCAUUCAGUUUUAAAGCUCAAAUGCAGAGCUCUGAGAGGUCUGAUUUUUUUGCUUGUAUCUGAAUUCUUUGCCAUUGACCUUUCUUUUUAGUUCAAACUGCCAAAUGCUUAAGAUUCCCCCUUAUAUUCUUCAGACACUUUUGUUCCAGGGAACUGAAUAUUUUGUUGUGUGUACAGCAAGUGAAAAAUGAGCUGCUUGUGCCCUUGCGCAGUGCGGUGAGGUUAGUCUUUUGGGGAGUGGGAGGAGAUGUCUGUAAAACUUUGUUGUUUUCCUGGGAUGAGUAAUUGUUCAUUUUUACACUUGAAAAAAAUGCUUGUGGAUUCAAAGGAGAUGCACCAUGUAAAUAAACAUGCUGACAAAUUCACAAUAUUUUUUCCAACUGUUCACACUUGACAUGGAGGUAUGAAGUAAACUGAAGCGCAUCAGAGGAAAAGCUUUAUGUUCAGACCUUGGCAUUAAAUAUUUUGACUGAAUUACUGCUGCCAUGAAUUUGAACUUGUACACAGGCUGUAGAAGUUUGUGUUGUACUGUAAUGUGCAGAAGGUGCUUAAACAACAUUGUAUCAGCUUGAAUGUAAACCAAACUGCAUCUUACACCAGUACUGCUGCAUUUUUCCCUUGAGCUUGCUGCCUGCUAGGAAUUAAACUCCUUCCCAUUUCAUCUCAUACCCAACUUUCCCUUCCACUCCUUCUUAUUAAAGUGAAAAAAAUUAGUA